UCGCUUUGUUUACUAUACACUGGGAUCACACAGGGUUAAUUUGUAAAAGUGUAUCGGCUCUGUUAUAUUUUAGAAACAUGAAUCAAAAUCAACCAAUUACUAACGUUUGCAUUGUGGCGGAAAGAAAUGCUUGUCCGCCACGUUAUAAUAUUUUGGAUCGCACUAUUGAGAAUGAAGAUGCCGAUUUUUGGAAAGAUGGGCUUUUUAAAAGUAAAAUAAGAAGAUAUCUAUGUUUUACUAGGGAACCUUCACAAAACCAGCUAAAUGAAGUGAUAACAGAUAUGGCUUUGAUUGGAGUAAAAGACCCAGUACCAGUUGGAUACACUGCAUUAAAAGAGACUGCAGAUACACGAGAACAAGCGUUAAAAAAACACAAUCUUUGUAUUCGUUACAUACCAAAAACAUCAACUAGUUCCGCCAUUUCAGAUAUCCUGCUGUGCAGAGAUAAUUCUUAUAAGGAGAGAAUGUACACACUCAUGGGAGAAUUAAAUGGAAUCAACGUUGCAUUCAAGUUAAGUACAAUACAUAUUCCCACCAACCGUCCCGCCCCCCCACCACCAGUACAAAGGGUGAAUACAACUGCAGUGAAUACACCAGCGCCCAUGAAUGACACCAUACAGCGAAACCAUACACAACAACAACAACAUAAUGUCAUGUCAGGAAUUGAGGGGGUGGAAUGGAAACUACACGACAGGUUUACUCAAACAAAAGCAGGAAUGAAUUCCAAAACAGCAUUAAAUAUUGAAAUUCGAACAAGAUCUGAAUUGAUAGACCUUUGUGCAUAUGAUUUUACUAAAGAGAAGUCAAUACUGUAUUCUUGUUGAUAAACAAGCAUUUAGAGCAUUUUAUAUAAUUUUGAAAAUUAACUCAAAACUUCCAUUCAAUGUUGUGUAUAUAGAAUUGUUUAUAUUAUAAUUGAAUUAAUAUAUAUUAUAUAAUUUGGUUAACGUACACUGCUUUUGUUUUGAAAUUCUUCUAAUAAAGAAAAAACAUGUGUCCUCUUGCAUGUAAACUACCUUUUAAAUAUAUUAUUCGUCACAUAACAAAC